CCUAUUGUAGCUUAUCAUUUAGUAGAAAAACCUCAAAUUUAUAAAAAUAAAAAAGGAGAAAUGAUUACAAUUAAUGAAGGAAAUUAUAAUAGUAGUAGCAAACAAAUAGAACAUGCCAAUUUAAUUGGGUCUAUUGCAAAAAUCACAUCUACACUUAUUGAAUAUAAUAUAGUUCUUGGAGUUGCUGUAGAUAGAGAUUUAAAUAGUAAUAAAACAUUAGCAGAACAACCAAUUGUAUCAAAAAUUUUUGCAGAUUUAAAACACAAAGCAACAACUAUAAGAAAAAAAAUAGCUGUAUAUGCUGCUUGUAUUCGUGCUAGUGAUAAUAAUUAUCCACUAAUUACAGAUAAAGACUUGCACCAAAUGCAUUAUGAUAUUGUACCAGUGUUGAAGCGAAAUAUGCUGGAAGGAAUUACUCAAUUAGCUCCUCAGCAAAGUUUAAUUACAAAAAUGCAUACUAGUCAAAAUGAAUCUGUAAAUAGAAUAAAGUUAAAUUAUACAGACAAAAAACAAGAUUAUCCAAAAUCUUAUAGAACUCGCCAUGCAUUAGCAGUAAUUCACAAUAAUAAUAGUUUUUUGGAAAUGUUGCAAAUUUUGCAGCAAGUAGGAGAAAUUUUGAGUUGUGGUUCAUUUCCAAAAAGAUUCCCAGAACAAGGUUUUUGUAAAUUGUGUGGAUUUUAUUGGAAUUAUGAAUUAAUAAAUACAAAAUUUCAUUCUACAAAAGAAAAAUUACCAAUACAAUCUUUAUUAAAUAUGAUUGAAGUAGUUUUGUUAGAAGUUUUUAAUUUUCAACAUUAUAAAGAAUUGCAGUAUGAAAGUAUAGAAAGCUUUAUGUUAGGUAAAGAUACAUUAACUAUUAUACCAACAGAAGGUGGUAAAACUUUAAUUUUUUUUGUGGCUAGUGUGUUGUUUUGUGGAUUGAUGAUAAUAUUUACUCUAUUAAAAUCUCUAAUGAGAUGCCAAUUGAAAGAGCUAAUUGAUAUAGGAAUACCUUCAGCGUAUCUUUUUGUUGCUACAGACCAACCUCCUGAUAUACAAGAAAAAAUUUUUUCGGAAAUUGCUUUAGGAUAUACUAAAAUUUUGUGGAUUACACCAGAAAAGUUUAUUCAAAAUCUAAAGUUUUGUCAAAUGUUAAAAAAAAUAGCUGAAACACGUAAAAUUCAGUUUGUUAUAGAUGAAGCCCACUAUAUAAUAGAAUAUACAUAUUUUAGACUAGCCUGGAAUCAACUAUCCAAGUUAAAAGAUGAAUUUACCUUGGCACCAAUUUUUCUGUUAACUGCAACUUGUAGUGAAUUUAUAGCCAACCAAUUAAUUAUAAAUCUUAAAUGUCCUAAUUUGAAUAUAAUUCGCAGUAAACAAAUUCAUAGACCAGAAUUAAAUCUUCAAGUGCAACCUAAACCUAUAAAAAAAGAUAAGCUAUUGGAAGCAAUAUUUAAAAUUAUAAAUGAGAUCACUUCUAAACAAAUAAUUAUCUAUUGUGCAAUGCCAGAUAAAUGCAUAGAUAUAGUUACAGCUCUUAAAGAACAAUAUAAUUUAGAUUUAAUUGCAACUUACCAUGGAAAAAUGUCUAGUAAUGAGCAAAAAAAAGCUUUAACAAGUUGA